AUGUGUGUGGGGAGAGGUGUACGUAACGAAUGUAUUGAAUACGUCUGUUUUGUUGGUCUAUGUCCUAUAAAGUAUAGCAUUUGGUGAAUCGUGCACAAUUGUGUGGACUCAGUGUUUUCUUCGGAGCCGCUACCCUGAGCAAAGUACUCCAACAGAAGCACUACCUGAGGGACUCUCCAGAAGAGCCAAAAGAGCCUUGAGUCGGGCUUGGAGAGGUCCACAUGGGGAACACGGGAAGCAGGGAUGACUUUGAGUGGGUCUACACCGAUCAACCACACACAGACAGAAGGAGAGAGAUCCUGGCUUGGACAUCUGGCAUUUCUUACUCCAUAUAUGCCAAAUAUCCUGAGAUAAAGAAGCUGAUGGGCCCUGAUCCCAACUUGAAGUGGGUGGUGACCCUCAUGGUUCUAACUCAGGUGGUGGCCUGCUACCUGGUGAAGGACUUGCCAUGGAAGUGGGUCGUCUUCUGGGCCUAUGCCUUUGGGGUCUGCAUCAACAUCUCCAUCAUGUCGGCCAUCCACGACAUCUCCCACAAUGUGGCCUUUGGCAACAAGAAAACGAAGUGGAAUCGCUUCUUUGGCAUCUUUGCCAACCUGCCCAUUGGUCUCCCUUUGGCCACCUCCUUCAAGAAGUACCAUGUUGACCACCACAGCUUCUUGGGGGUGGAUGGGCUGGACAUUGGCCUCCCCACUGAAUUUGAGGGCCGCUUCUUCAACACCACACUGCGGAAGGUCUUCUGGAUCCUUCUGCACCCAAUCUUGUUCAUGUCCCGGCCUUUAUACAUCAACCCCAAGCCCUUCUCCCAAAUGGAACUCGCCAACAUUGCCGUUCAGCUGGCCUAUGACCUUCUCAUCUACCACCUCUGGGGAGCCAAGUCCAUUCUCUAUAUGGUUGCUGGCACUGUCUUGGCCAUGUGCCUUCACCCCACCACGGGGCUAUUUAUUGCCGACCACUACAUGUAUGCCAAAGGUCACGACACCAUCUCCUACUACGGGGCCAUGAACUGGAUCACCUUCAACGUGGGCUACCACAUGGAGCACCACGAUUUCCCCAGUAUUCCAGGAAGCAAGUUACCUCUGGUGAAGAAAAUUGCCCCCGAGUAUUACGACAACCUUCCCUACCACAGUUCCUGGGCCCUUGUGCUUUGGGACUUUGUUUUCAAAGAGACGCUGGGACCCUUCGCCCACGUGAAGAGAACCUAUAAGGGGGGCAGCACCUUAUAAAGCAGGGAGGCACUGCUGGUGCCCCUCCCUCCCUCUCCCACCUGCAAAGCCUCCAGUUCUUCUCCUACCCCAAAGAAGGGGGAAUUAAUAAGGAAAGGACAACCAAAAAGAAACAUGAUAAAAGAUAAGAACAAGAAACCUGAGAACUAAAACUGAUUACACAUGAACUCAACAAAGAAAAUUUUAACAGAGCUAUUAACUAAGUAAGAUAAACCAUAACAAGGUAUUUCAAGUUAUUCAUUCUAAUCCCUUUUUUCCAUUUGUUUUGUUAUGGUUUAUCUUACUUAAGAUUGCCCUUGACAAAGGGCAGUGACGUCACUAGGGUUGGUGUCACCCGGUGCAGCCCGCAGCACCGUCUCUCUGACUCUGAGUGAUCGCGUGCAUGGCGGAGCGCACGGCAGAGCAUGUGCGUGUGGCCGAACGACAGGGCCCAGGAGUGCGCCGCCGUCUCAUUGUCUGCCGCUGCUUCCACCUCCUAACAGCCGGCACACCACGCGAAGGGCUCUCAUUGGUGCCUAGGUGGAGCCAGGGGCGGCGGCUCUGGGUGUCACCCCCGUCUGGUGGUGUCACCCCUGUCUGGUGGUGUCACCCGGUGCGGCCCGCACCUGCCGCACCCCUCUAGUGACGCCCCUGACAAAGGGUUGUGCCAACACCCCAAACACGUUGGGCUGCAAUAAAAAUUUCUCAUAUUCUCCGCUCUCUGCUGUUUGCUGAUUUUAGGUUUCAUAGCACUCAUUACCCCUCAGCUCUGCUAGAGUGUGGGGGGGGGAUCGAAAAGAGCAUGAGAACCAUCCAUUAAUUCCAUCCAUAAAAUCUGAUGUGUUCCUUUGUACUUUGGCUCUGCGAUAUGACUUAGAGUAACUCAGUCCUUCAACUAUUGUAACUUGUUUUAAUUAAGAUGUGCCUUCAGAGUUUUUCACUUUGAUGUUAAAUGGAUAUCCAGCAAUUUAUUUUAUGCUGAUAUAUAUAUUUCUGUUUUUCUGUUUCUGCAAUGAUGGCUAAGGCCUCCUAGAAUGCAUUGUAUUGGUUGUAGUGUGCAAGAUAUGAAUAAAUAGCAUACACUGUAAAGACUGUUCUGCUGCCUCAAGUCUGACUCCCAAAUAGAAGCCUGAGGGAAAAUAAAAAUCUAUUGGACUGCUGAUGCUUUGAACCCCUCCAUCUUAAGCUGAGCUUGGAAUGUGUGUAAAUAAACAAACCAUAUUUCAUAAAGACACCACAGAAUCCACUGGCCUUCUUUCCAAGGAAACCAAACCCUGGGUAAGUGCCAGAGGGCUGACUUGAUUUCAGACCCAUACAAUCAAGACCCUUUUCUUUCUCUUGUUGCUGUUUCUGUCCUUCUGCAGGUGAAGAAAAUUGCCCCCGAGUAUCACGACAACCUUCCCUACCACAGUUCCUGGGCCCUUGUGCUUUGGGACUUUGUUUUCAAAGAGACGCUGGGACCCUUCGCCCACGUGAAGAGAACCUAUAAGGGGGGCAGCACCUUAUGAAGCAGGGAGGCACUGCUGGUGCCCCUCCCUCCCUCUCCCACCAGCCAAGCCUCCAGUUCUUCUCCUACUCCAAUGAAGGGGGAAUGGGUGUAGUGAAAUUAGGCACAGCUUGGGAAUUAUAGUACAUGCAGUGUUAAUUUGAUACAGUAUAGAAUGGGUUAACCUGAUCUAACAUAGAACUAGAAAAACAAAAUUCUUCAAGGUGCCUGUGAAGGCCAGAUGUUCUGCUAGCUUGUUCAUCCCAUGUAACAAGUUACUAUUCAAGUAGAUAGUGCCUGGAAUGUAUCGUGUCAAGAGGAGGAGGUAGGAACAGCACGGAUGAGCGCUCAAGGCCAGGACGCUGGCUCAAUGCAAGACAAAGAAGCCUGGGAAAAGUUACAGACAAGAUGGGAGGGGCUGUGUUAGGAGGGCUUGAGAGCAUAUAUCACUUGAGACCUUUGUAAUCAUGCUUUAGACGGGUUUUUCAGGCACGAGCUGGAUAACCUGCUCUCCUUUUGCAAAAGU